GGUCAGUAGAAAGUCCAGAGCAGAGCAGAUCGGUACUGAGCUGUCCGGAGCGUGAGCUUUAAAAUUUCCUUUCUUUCCUAUCCAAUGUGCAAUUUGCAAAAGAUUUGUGUCAAUGCCAAAAAUUAGCCACACGGAUCCUAAACAAAAACUGUUGAAGCAAGCAAGAUUGGGUAAACAUCUAUCGUCGAAAAAAGGAUCUCGCACUGGGAACUCGGCCAACAACAAGGAACUUAAAGUACUUACCCUAUUGCAAAGUGUACCGUGAAUCUUGACUUCUCUACA